AUGACUCGACAGGGCUACCUCAUCGUCUACAACAAACGCAGUCAACCGAGUGUGUGCUACCUCUCGCUCGAAGACGGAUAUCUGCGUCAAUACGCGACGCCUGAAGGCACUUUAUGCGUGAGCGAGUUGCAGCUCUCGGGGUGCAAAGUCGACGUCAAGGCGCACAAACGCGCGGACGGCGUGCCCCACAGUUUCUACCUCGAGCUCCGGAAGGUCUUUGUGACCGACCGGUUGUACACGCUCGGCGCGGCCCAGCGCAUCGACUUUACCGCAAGCAGCAGCGAAGACCGACAAGCGUGGGGCAAAGCGCUCUUCUCGUGGCAGCGCUUCUACUGGCGGGAGCCCCAGGCGCUCGAGUCGCCUACAAAGAGCGCCGACGCGACCGCGACGCGGCGACAGCUUGAGCAGCUCCUUGCCACGCAAAAACAAACGGUGCGGCCACCGCAGCCUAAAGGCGGUCCUUUCAUCUCGUUCGCAUCGGCCAAGCAGCCACUUUCGUUCCUGCGGCGCAACGCGCAGUCGCUGCACCGGUCGCUGGUGCUGUCUAUAACGUCCACAACUGGUAAUACCCAGAAGCCCGGGAGGGGCGUCGAGUUGACGACGGACUGCAGGAAGGUCAAGGUCGGCCUGGCCAACGUCGAGUGCCGUCAAGCUGUUAAGAGCGACGACUUGGGCUGCGCUGCAACCGCCACGCCGCACGGCAUCAACGGCGGCUACAGCUAG